AUGGAGGAAAUCCGCAGCUCGUGCACAUGCAGUUCGCAGACUCACAGCGCGUUGAGUCCUGCAUUUAGGAAGGACCUGGAAACCCCAGCAUCUCCCUCCUCUUAUUGCUCAGAUAAACAAGAGACCUACAAAAUGAGCCGGGGUCAGAGCACAAGCCCAAACAUUUCUUCCAUAGACAAAUCAGGGAACAUAAUAACUCUUCCAAAACUUAAAGCCAGGCAUGGGAUUGUCAGAAAGCCCGUCAUAGCCUCUCUCGUAGGGACCACCAAAGCAGUAUCCUUGUCCCAAAGGCCGAAACCUCCUGCUAAGCCCAGAUCAGAGAUGCCUUUAUCAGCAAGUGGAUCUUACAAACCUUGCACACUUGCUCAGCAGGUUUCAGGUGAGGAGACGAAAAACUUCAGCAAUCAACAGUCCACUUUCUUUGGAGGACAGAACCGGACGGAUUCGGCCAGCUGUAAUGACAAUGAGGUGUCAGGCUCUGUGAAUUCAGCACAGAAUGGGCAUAAAAGAGCACAGAGAGGAAAGAGUGAAACAUUCCGGGAGCCUCAUGAACAUCAAACUCUCUCCAAACACAGCAGCUCCCAGAGUCACACCAGCAGCGCUGGCUCAAGCACCAUCCAAAGUGUCAAAUCCACCUCUGAGCUGCUAAAUGAAGCCAGAUUUAUUGCUGGACCUAAGCUGCCAGAUGAGGUUGACCAGCAGAGGUCGCCAAAUGAGACCUUAGCAGACACAGUGAUGGGAAGUGGGCACAUAGAGGAGGAUAGUGGUGCUAUUGUACAUUCUAUGGAAAGAGAAGCUGGGCACAGUUGCAGCUCUGAUGAUAAGGGGCCAACUCAAAGAGACACCUCAGUACCAAAAGAGAAAUGUUCCCCAAGACUAAUGUGCCAUCCACCUGUGUCAUCUGGUGUCUACAAGAUGGCUGAGUCAGUUUUACAGAAGGAUUCUGAUAUUGGCUCUGAUGGUGGAGGACUCGAGGAUCUCUUAUCCCAGGUGACCAACGAAGAUAUAAUAAUGGCCCAUGGAUGUAGCUUGACUCCAGUUCAGAGACCAGAAAGGACUUCCCAUCAGACCAAAACCAUUCAAGGCCUUUCACUACUGGCAACCUGGACACCUAAAAAAGAUGCAGAAGGGUAUAAAACCAUCCACCAUUUGUGUACCACUCCUGUAAGUCAAGUCGUGCCUGUUGAGUUACAACUUGCUUCUAGAAUCUGCCACACUCAAAACCUGAUCACUGCAACAGCACAGUUUAACCAGCAGAGGACAGCACUUGAACAUAUAUCUCAUCCUGACAUGCAAAGGCUGGUGUAUGAAGGUGUUUCUGUUGCUUCUGCUGGGGUUUCAGCACAGACAGACUGCAUUUCCCACAUGCCUAAACAGACGUCAGAUACUUUGGAGGACUGGCAGAGAAUAGCAGAGUAUUACGUGGAGAGACCAAGGAUUAUGAUGUGUGGACGUGCUGCAACAUUGGGUCCCAGUGAGCUCAGAAUGUUCUGGAGCCCAGCACCUCCUAAAUUCAUCUGCGCCCCCUGUGUUAUGAAAGACACACUUUUCCCCAAAUACCAGAUAACCCAGGCAGACCUGUGCAAAGAGAAUCUGUUGGAUGAGCUGCACAAUGUGGAGGAGUCAGUUAGCCAUGUGAUGGACACAGAACAGGUUACUUCUGAGGAAAAUGACUCGCCUAUUAAGUGUAAGUCUGUGGCAGACUUCAGAACAACAGUUUCACCGAAUCCCUCUGGGCUCAUCUCAGCAGAACAGGCGAGACGGCCUCGCUCUGCCCCGCACUUAACCCCAGAUCUUGAGCCCCAUCUUCGGCUGCAGUCCGACUUCACCAGCCUUUCCCAGGAGCUGGAGCAUGUGCGGUGGCAGCGGCAACAGAACUCAAUCUGUGCAGCUCUGGCCAAAGAAUCCCCAUCCAAUGCCAAACAGACAAAGCCUCAGGAGGUUCACACAGAGCCCAACUCAUCAGAGCAGCCCUGCCAGGUCCCAAACCACAGGAGGAACAAAGGCAAAGAGAGGGCAAGGGUGUCCCAUUUCAAACGCAGGGCCAAGAAAAGAGGAAAAACACUCAGCUCUGUCAAGAUGGCCUACGUUUGGAAAAAACUGAGAGAGCCAUCACGGACACUAACAAGGAGUGAGUCUCUGUGUCAGUUACGAUGGGAGUCUAAAACCUCCAAAGGGCAAUUUUCACUCCUCCUCUGCCCCAGUCUGCCCAUGCUCCUGGAUUUUGAGACCUUUGCCACAGAUCAUGGUGGGAUACCUGACACGACACCACCCCGAGAGUGGGUCAGAGACAUAUGGGACGCCUGGUUUGACGAGGUCUUUCCCCCUCUGGAAAAUCUCCAGAGUGCAGGCUCUUUUCCUGGUGGUCUGGAGGAGAACCAGCUUCCACAGGAUGAGAUCCAGGAUCUGGACAAAGUGGUUUUGGAUGAAGGUCUCAAUACAGUUGAUUUGGAGCAUGAAGUGGCCAAGCUGACCCAAACUUUGACUGAAAGUGGAAACCACAGUGCCUUCGACUGUUGUCGUCGUGGAGCACUUUACAUCAAACUUGGUUAUCUCAACCAGGCCCUUGAAGAUCUCAAUGCUGCCAUCUCCCUGGAGCCCUAUUUACUGGAUGCCUACUGGCACAGACACCACAUCUACCUGCUGAGAAACGACCCCGAUAGAGCUCUGGACGAUCUAAACGUCAUCGUUGAGAACAAGAAGCAUGCAGGCGCCUUCAUGUCUACAGCAGAAAUCUACAAACAAAGAGGGGAUACCACACUGGCUCUAUUCAGCUACACCCAAGCCAUCAAAGUCAAGCCAGAUGAUGCAGAGAUCUACUUUAAGAGGGCAAAGAUGUAUGAAAAGAUGGGCGAGAUACUGCUGGCCAUGGAGGACUAUGUCAAAACCUUCACCAUCGACUCUACAAGGACUGAUGCAAUGAUGAUCCAUGGAAUACAGCUCUUCAACACCUCCAAAUGGAUGCAGGCCCUGGAAGACUUCUCCCUGCUGCUGAAGCAAGAACCUGGGAAUGCUACAGCCAGAACAUACAGAGGAAGGAUCUAUAUCAUGCUGGGUCAGUUUGAGAAGUCUACCGAGGACUUUUCUCUGGCUGUGCACUUGGAUCCCAGUAGCUGGUUGGCGUUUUACCACAGAGGGUGUCUGCUGAGGAAGAUAAUGCCUCAUAUGGCCUUAAGGGACCUCAGCACAUCUGUUCUCAUCAAUGACAGUGCAGAAAACCUCAGUGCAUUCCUGCACCGAGGUCAGGUCUACAUGACGCUCCGGCGCUGGCGGCAGGCUAUGGCUGACUUUGAAGCUGUGAUCAAACUUGACAGUCACAGCAGAUUUGCGGCUGUUGCCCACGUCAGUUUGGGACUGAUCUGUAUGCUGAAUAUGGGCCGACAAUAUGAGGCCAUCAGAAGGUUCAGUAAUGCAUUGAAGGAGGACCCCACCUAUGUAAAAACCUACGUAUGCCGGGCCAGAGCCUAUUUCAACGUGAAUAAUCUGAGUAGAGCGGUGAAGGAUUUGACUCGAGCCAUACAUAUAAAACCAGACGCUUAUGAUCUGCACAUCAUGAGAGGGAAGUACUUGUAUGAAAUGAAACAGUUUGACCUGGCUACCCUCUGUAUACGGUAUGCAGCGGAAAUGAAAACAGCUCUGGGUUUAUCACCGGUCCAGCAAGCUGUCGUCCAAUCGUUCCUGGGGAACUAUGCCAAUGCCGUCAUCUGUCUCGAGGAAGCGGUCGAUACGUGCCCUACUCCUCCACACCUCAUUCUUCUUGGGAGGACGCUGAUGAGGGAGCACAGGUUCAAAGAAGCAGUGGAGAGUUUCAGAAAGGCCCUGUCACUUCUGGGUACCAAUAAAGCUAAACUCAUUACUUCACAAGAGGCUGCGGAGGUCUUCUAUCUUAUGGGCAUAUGCUACAUGAAACAAAUGCUUUUGUUACAGGAGAGUGAAGACUCUCUUCUCCUCCAUGCUUUGGAUGCUUUUAACAGCGUUGUGAGCAUGAACCCAGACCACGCUGAGGCUCACCAUCAGAGAGGACUGUGCCGCAUGCAUCUACAAGACUCCACAGGUGUGCAGGACUUUAACAAAGCUCUCCAAAUCGACCCCAACCUCUAUCAGGUGCAUCUCAGCCGAGCUGCCCUUUAUGGGGCUCAAGGACGAUAUGCAAAGGCUGUACUCGACUGUAAUGAAGCUAUCAGGAUCCAGCCCAAGAGUGUCAAAGCAUACUUGUAUAAAGGAGCUCUUAAAUUCUAUUUGAAAGCAUACAAGAGUGCAGUGGAGGAUCUGACAAUGGCAAUCCAGAUGGACAGUGCCUGUUCAUUUGCUUACUACAACCGUGGCGUAUGUUUUCAUGAGCUGCGGGAUUAUGAACUGGCUCUCAGAGACUAUAGCAUUACGCUGCUCUUGGGCUGUAAGACGGAGCUUGAGCUGAAAGUCUUGAUAAACCGUGGCCUUCUUUAUGUGGAGCUGAAUGACUAUGGCAGUGCCCUUCAGGAUUUUAAGGCUGCAGCACAGAAACAACCAGAGGAUGUAAUAAUUCUUCAUGCACUGGGAGUUAUUCACCACAGGCUUGGCCAGUUACAGGAAGCCGUGGAUGCUUACAGCCAAGCUUUAAGACUUGAUCCCUUCUUGCAAGAUUCCCAUGUGGGCAGAGGCAAUGUUUUCAUGGAUUAUGGGCACAAUCACGCCAGGAAACAAGCCCAGAGGGACUUCCUCUCAGCCCUGCAUCUCAAUCCACUCUGUUCAAGUGCCCGCAUUAGCCUGGCAUACAACUUACAGGUUUUGGGAUUCUUCCAGAGAGCCUGGAAUCAGUUCACUGUGGCUGUAGAGGUGAACCCUAAAUGCUGGGCGGCGUAUGAAGGCAGAGCUGUCACCAGCCUACAGAUGGGCAACAUGUUUGCAGCCCUGCAGGACAUUAACACUGCUAUAAAGUGUAACCCUCAUGCAGAGCAGCUCUUCACAAACCGAGGUCUGAUCCAGCAGUUCAUGGGAGAUAAAGCUAGUGCCAUGAAGAACUACCAGACCGCUAUCAGCCUCAACCCUGAAUAUUCCCUCACUUACUUCAACGCUGCCAACCUCUUCUUUUACAAUGGACAGUUUGAGCAGGCAUGUGAGUACUACAGCCGAGCUUUUGAGCUGGACCCCUCAGAUGAGUCUGCCAUCCUGAACCGAGCCAUCACUCACGCUCUGCUGCGGAAGGUCCCAGCAUCCCUGCAGGAUUUCAAUGAGGCUCUCUGCCUCAACCCGCUGUCUGCACAUGCCUACUUUAACAGAGCCAACCUGUACUGCUCUCUCAGACAGUUUCAAUCAGCCGAGAGGGACCUUACGCAAGCUCUGAUGCUGCAGCCUGGAGAUGCUCUUCUCUAUAAACUGAGGGCUGAUGUUCGGGGUCAUCUGGGAUGGAAGGAGCAGGCGCUGGACGACUACAGAACGGCGGUGGAGCUUCAGGACUCGAGAUGCUGCUCAGGGUUGGAGAAUGAUCAAAAUGAGAUUUUUGCUUCUUAGAUUAUUAUAAUUCGCUAAUGCAAUACAGUUGUUGAACAUUUUUGUCUUCAUUUUGUUGCAUGCACUCAGUUUAAAUUUGUGAAAUGUGAGAAUGUUUGAAACUACAUUAAAGAAAUAAUUGAAUGUGU